AUGGAGACACAGGAUGAAAGCGGCCUGAUUGCUGAGCUAUCACAGGGAAGACAGAGCCGUGGAACUUUACCUGGACUCACAGUGGACUCUGAGAAACUGAAGCUCAGAAAUACUGUGGUUUUCCUGGAUAAUAAGCAGGUCCCGGGCAGAGCUCUGGGGCCUCCUGACACAUGUGCACGUGCUCUCGCAAACAUAGUGAACAGUCCUAAAACCCACCGAACCUUCUGUAAGGAGUGUGGCAUGCAUCAACCCCAUGAAGUAACACAGUACAAGAAGGACAAGGAUUCUCUGUUUUUGCAGGGAAAGCGGUGUUAUGACAGGAAGCAGAGUGACUACGGUGGGCACACUAAGCCAGUUUUCUUCGAAAAGGCUAAAACUACAAAGAAGAUUGUGCUGAGACUUGAGUAUGUUGAGCCCAAAUGCAGAUCUAAGAGAAUGUUGGCUAUUAAGAGAUGCAAGCAUUUUGAACUGGGAGGAGAUAAGAAGAGAAAGGGCCAAGUGAUCCAGUUCUAAGCUUCAUAUUUUGU